AUGUCCACGGAGAAGGAGAAAAUGGCGGCCGCCGAUGCGAAGUCGCCGUCGAAGAGCAACUGCGCCUCGCCAGGAAAGAAAGGUGACACGGAUGAACAUGGCUUGCCGAAAGACAAGGAAAAGGGCUACGACACCAAUCUAUAUCUAUAUCAUGAGGAGAUCGAGGACCGGCCGCGCGCUGCGACUUUCCUCAGCUCACUGGCGGAUUACUCCAACACCAUACCGACCGCUGCGGACCCUGAUGCCCCCAAGCCAGCCCCACCAGCCCGCAUGGGCACCCUGAUCGGAGUGUACUUGCCGUGUAUCCAGAACAUCUUCGGUGUGAUCCUGUUCAUCCGUCUGACGUGGGUGGUCGGCACAGCCGGCGCUAUUUGCGGCUUCUUGAUUGUCCUCACUUGUUGUUGUACGACUAUGCUAACGGCGAUAUCGAUGUCGGCCAUCGCCACGAACGGCGUGGUUCCGGCGGGCGGGUCCUACUUCAUGAUCGGUCGCUCGCUGGGUCCAGAGUGCGGUGGAGCAGUUGGAGUGCUGUUCUAUACAGGGACCACCCUAGCCGCCGCCAUGUACAUCGUCGGCGCUGUGGAAAUCGUCCUGACAUAUAUGGCCCCGUGGAUGUCAAUCUUUGGAGAUUUCACGAAGGACCCCAACGCAAUGUAUAACAACUUCCGCGUAUACGGGACCGGUCUGCUACUCAUAAUGGGAAUGGUUGUGUUUGUGGGCGUGAAGUUUGUUAACAAAUUCGCAACCAUUGCCCUAGCCUGCGUUAUCCUCUCAAUCACCGCUGUUUAUGCCGGAAUUUUCGUGAACUUUAACGGGAACACAAAACUUCAAAUGUGUGUGCUAGGAAAACGUCUGUUGAAAGAUAUCAAUAUUGAUAAUUGCACCAAGGAUAUUGGAGGGGAACUUCAUCAAUUGUUCUGCCCCAAUAAUCUCUGCGACCCAUACUUCGCCGCUCAUAACGUUAGCGUUGUGCAAGGAAUUAAGGGUUUGGCCAGUGGAGUCUUUUUUGAUAAUCUGGAAGAUUCAUUCCUUCAAAUGGGACAAUACAUAGCUUAUGGCAAGGAGCCUGACGAUAUAGAACAAAUGGAAAGGCCCACUUACAAUCAAGUAUAUGCCGAUCUUACGACUACGUUCACGAUUUUAAUCGGAAUCUUCUUCCCGUCUGUUACUGGUAUAAUGGCGGGGUCGAACCGCUCUGGUGAUUUAGCCGAUGCUCAAAAAAGCAUCCCUAUUGGAACGAUAUGCGCUAUUUUAACAACAUCAACGGUCUACCUCUCAUGUGUUUUAUUAUUCGCUGGAACUGUCGACAACCUCUUACUUCGUGACAAGUUUGGUCAAUCGAUAGGAGGUAAACUGGUGGUAGCAAAUAUGGCUUGGCCUAACCAGUGGGUUAUCUUAGUCGGAUCUUUCCUGUCAACCCUGGGCGCCGGAUUGCAAUCCUUGACUGGGGCUCCACGCUUAUUGCAAGCUAUUGCCAAAGAUGAAAUUAUCCCAUUCUUAGCGCCUUUUGCUGUGUCAUCAAGCAGAGGUGAACCCACAAGAGCUCUGAUAUUGACGAUGAUAAUCUGCCAGUUCGGUAUUCUUCUUGGCAACGUCGACAUUCUUGCACCGCUACUCUCAAUGUUCUUUUUGAUGUGCUACGGAUUCGUUAACUUGGCUUGUGCGCUACAAACUUUACUGAAGACUCCAAACUGGCGCCCAAGGUUCAAAUACUAUCACUGGUCUCUGUCUUUGGCUGGUCUCACCUUAUGCAUUUCUAUCAUGUUUAUGACAUCCUGGUUUUAUGCAUUAAUCGCUAUGGGUAUAGCCGGUGUCAUCUACAAGUACAUCGAAUAUCGCGGUGCGGAGAAAGAAUGGGGUGAUGGUUUACGAGGUCUUGCUCUCUCUGCUGCUCGUUAUUCCCUACUUCGUCUCGAAGAAGGUCCACCGCACACUAAGAAUUGGCGCCCACAGGUGCUAGUGCUUGCAAAAUUGAACGAAGACUUGAAUCCCAAGUACCGUAAAAUGUUAGCUUUUGCAAGUCAACUGAAAGCGGGCAAAGGAUUGACGGUUUGUGUAUCAGUGCUUGGCGGUGACUUCCCCCGUCGUGCAAGUGAAUCAUUGGCAGCUAGACAAAACCUUCGCAAAUGCAUGGACGAAGAAAAAGUCAAGGGGUUCGUUGAUGUUUUAGUAUCACACAACAUUGCGGAUGGACUAAGUCAUUUCGUCCAGACGUCAGGCUUAGGAGGACUCAAACCAAACACCGUUAUUCUUGGCUGGCCAUAUGGAUGGAGACAAUCCGAAGACAAACGCACUUGGGAAGUAUUCCUUGACACUGUUCGUGCAGUGACCGCUGCUAGAAUGGUGAUGCUUGUACCGAAGGGCAUUAAUUUCUUUCCUGACAGCAGUGAGAAAGUCGCAGGCAACAUUGAUAUUUGGUGGAUAGUUCAUGACGGUGGCAUGCUGAUGUUACUACCCUUCCUACUGAAACAGCAUCGCACUUGGAAAAAUUGUAAGAUGCGCAUCUUCACCGUAGCGCUCAUGGAAGAUAAUUCGAUACAGAUGAAGAAAGACCUAAAGAUGUUCCUCUACCAACUCCGCCUCGAAGCUGAAGUGGAAGUAGUUGAAAUGACGGACAGUGACAUCUCGGCGUAUACCUAUGAACGCACGUUGAUGAUGGAACAACGUAAUCAAAUGCUACGUGAACUUAGACUCAAUAAGAAAGAAACUCUUGGAAUGAUGCAAAAUUUGGUGGACUAUCACGAACCAAACGCAGAAGAGAAGUUACCUCUGGUACAGGCAAUCGUGGACCAUCACCACGCUGACGUAAAGACAACAAGCAAAGUCCGAUUUGCAGAGCCAGGAGCUGGGGAACCCACUCCUGAUGACGCACCAUCACCACCCCUUACCGACAAUGAUGAAAGGGAUAAAGACGAUAAGUCGCAGUGCGAGGGCGCACCCUCCCCGCCUCUUGACGCCGAGAAGAACAAAGAGUUGAACCCGGACCCCGACGCGGUGAAGCCUAAACCCAACCUUCCCAACAUCACUCCGGAUGAGGGCACCGUGAGGAAAAUGCACACUGCUGUCAAACUGAAUGAAGUGAUCGUGUCCCGCUCUCACGAUGCACAACUAGUCAUACUGAACCUGCCGGGGCCACCCCGCCUCACCGAGCUUGAAAUGGAAUCCAAUUAUAUGGAAUUCCUGGAAGUGUUGACCGAGGGCUUGGAGAAAGUGCUGAUGGUACGCGGCGGUGGACGCGAGGUUAUUACCAUCUACUCG